UAACUGAAAUUAGGAAUUCAUGGAGAAAAACUGUUGAAACUGAAGAUAAUAGAAGUUCAGAAGGGAUUCUAGUAGAUGUCAAAGCUAGAGAAGUGGCACCAGAGUCUUCACCUGUACCGAAUAAUCAGAGAGAACUACGCAUGGCUAUUUUUUCCUCCGAUUUUGAUCAAUCCUAUUUGCCUGAAGAAAAAACUGUUCCAGAUCAGCUCAGAAGUGUGCCUCAAAAACCACUGGUAACAAGUCAGAUCGGCGACCCCCCAACAGAAGACGAAUCAGACUUGGUAAAUAAGAAAUCAUUUUCUGAGCAAGAUUUAGAGUGUGUGACCACCAGGCUUUCAGAAACUGGACAAAUGGAGGCAUUUUCCCUUGCUGUGGACAGUGGAAUAGAUGUGGUGGGUAGAAGAGAAGAGGACUCUUUUCGAAAAUCCCACCACUCACAAGCUUCUUGUAGUGAACCUUCCACACGUAAAACUCUGUUCUGGGACUCUUUUCAGAGGAUGAGUGACAUUGGAAUAUUACAUGAAACUCUUCCAGAAGAAGUUGGUCACCUAAGUCUUAAUAGUUCUACUACUUCAGAGACCAAUUUUAGACUGGAACCAAAUAGUUAUGUGCACAGUGAUGCUUUUCCAGAUGAUGAUGGAAAAAGACAAGCCACUCUAGAAGUGGAUUCCAGUUUUCAGGCUAUUCUCAGUAGUUAUGAGGCUCUGAAGAAAUCUCUUAACAAAAUAAGGCAAGAAUCUCACCUGUCUAAUUCCAAGACACUUGAACAAGACAAAGUAGGAUUGAGCCCUGUAGCCAAAGACAUGCAAGCAGAUGAUACACAUACUUUUUUGGGCACUCAAGAUUUGUUUUACACAGAGCCAUCUUCCCACAUGCCCUUUGAUGAAAGAACACAGUCUUUAUCACCACUAACUAAAGUUUCUCUGGUGGAGCAAAAAUUGAGGACUACGUUACCAUGUAGUCUCAGGGAAUUUCUGCCUAACUUAAAAGAAAAAGAAAUCUCAAAUAAGAAUCUUGAAGCAAGAAAACCUGAUUUAACGAGAUGAAGCGGUUUCCAGUUAAUUUAGCUGUGAUGCACUUAAACUGAAGCCUUGUCAUUUACUGAAGCUGAUCUAAACACACCAUUGGAAGAAUAAUAAUCUUUUUCCAAGGUCAAAGAGCAUGCGAAUGCACUUUGGCCUUUUGUAAUGUCUUUAGGUAUUUAUGUCAUUUUUUGAUAAAUAUGUGAGGUUGAAAUGUGAAGUAUUUAGAAAUAGCAAAGGUCAAGUUGUGGGAAACCAUUUUGAUUCCUAGAAUAAUCUUGUAACAUAAGUUAAUGGCAAAUGUCACAGUUUCGUUAAAAUAUCAGUUAUUAACAUAAGGGCCAGUGUGUAAUCUAAUAGCCCCUGAAUAGCCUCAUCUUUCACUUUAGAGAAAUAAACCAAUUUGUUGGAUCUUUAAGGUUUGUGAAAUUGUAAACAGGCUUAAUGAAUUCCAAUGAUGUAGAUGGGAUAAAGCACGUGUGAUAAGACAAGACAAUGUAUUGAGAAGGGGGGGAGGAGGUAGGUAACCAGACAUUGAAAUAACACUGUCAAACUGUAUUAUUUAAUUUACAUAGAUUGAGAAUUUAACCCUAGUUUAUAUUUAACAAAAAUAUAAAUGAAAAAUUCACAA